GACAGGUCUAUGGACAAAACAAAAGUUUGUAACGGGCCACUCCUUUCGCUCGCAAAUUUCUACACACGAUGCCCGACGUACUCGACGAUUUUUUGUAAUUCUCGUAUAUAAGCGCACGCGAUCGCGGUGAUGCUAAUCGCGUGCACCAUCCUCUAGUGAUACACGCGGGACUCGGUCGACUUGAUUGAGAAAUCGUCCUGAGCAAAAAUGUCGAUCUGGAUUCUCUUAUUAUUGCUGGCUUCUGGAAAUGGCCAGUUCACUCCAGAAUCAGUGGACUUCACUUCAAGAUCUCCUCCACGAAAUCGUUACGAUGAAUGGGAUCAGAAUACAGGCUUUGGAUUCCGAAAUCCUUUAGGUCAAAAUGAAAAUGUCAUAAUUAAAGAAUCCACAUAUUUUGUCGUUGCAUCUCGUAUGGUUAGACCAGAUCAAGUGUACAGAGUCGCUGUAAACAUACUUCACAGCCCAUUACCUAUGACAGUACGUUCAUCCAUUCAACGCAAUGGUGUAGAAAUCGCGGCGGAUUUUCAGGAAGUGAAGGAGGGCAUACCAGAAACUCUAAUGAUGCGUAUGCCACCUACUUCAGUAGGUGGUGAUUAUAAACUGCGCAUAGAAGGGAUGUACAACAGUCUGAAAGGUGGUCAGGCCUUUUAUAACGAAACCAAGCUGAUAUUCUCACAACGUUCCAUGACUAUAUUUAUACAGUUGGAUAAACCUGUAUAUAUGCAAGGCGAAACGGUGCGAUUCAGAACGAUUCCAAUAGACACAGAAUUGAAAGCGUAUGACAAUCCCGUGGAUGUAUAUAUGUUGGAUCCAAACAGAAGAAUUAUGAGAAGAUGGCUCAGCAGGCAGAGCAAUUUGGGUACAGUGUCGCUGUCAUAUCAAUUGUCCGAUCAACCUGUUUUCGGGGAAUGGAUCGUGCAAAUAAUAGCGCAGAAUCAAGUAGAGGAGAAGACAUUCUUGGUGGAAGAGUACUAUCAGACACGGUUCGAGGUGAACGUUACGAUGCCGGCGUUCUUCUUCGACAAUGAUCCCUAUAUUUACGGUAUCGUUCAGGCGAAUUAUACUUCGGGCGCGCCGGUUAGGGGUAAUUUAACUCUGAAAGCCAGCUUCAAGCCAAUAGACAGAACGCGCAUUCCUUCAGGAAUUGAUCCAGUCGAGAGGUACUUUAAUUUUAACGAAUAUUAUCCGGCAUGGUUUAGAGCAAUCAAUCCCUACGAAGAGAGAGUCCCAGUUUUAAGAUUCUUUAAUGGGACGUAUCACUUCCGAUACCCUAUGCAGGAAUUAUUGAACUUUGUUUCGUCCAUCGACGGAAUGGAAGUCACAGUAGUUGCAACAGUGGGCGAGAGAUUCUUGGAUGAGGUGAUCGUUGGCUACUCCACGGCGAGGAUCUUCAAUUCGACUACAAAAAUUCGUUUCCUCGGCGGUAGUCCGCAAAUUUUUAAACCAGCGAUGCCGUUCUCGUUGAACCUGGUUGCGUCCUUCCACGACAACUCGCCGCUGCGACCUACGCAACUCUUAGGUGCCGUAGUGGAGAUUCGCGCGGACGUAGAGAUGCGAAGCGGACGUCGUACAAUCGAUACCCAAUAUCUAACAGCGUCGCCGGAACACGCGGAUAUAUGGUCCGUAAAGAUGGAUCUCAGAAAGCAACUCGGACUGGAGCAUAGCACCGACGUUAAUCAGAUUCUGAACGAUAUUACUUCGAUGAGGAUCUACGCACACAUCACCGACGGCGAGGGUCAGAGAACGCAGACCGAAUUGCUGUUGCUCGCUCACGAGUCUCCGAAUACGAAGCACAUCAAGAUCUCAACUUCCACUGAGAAGCCUAAAGUCGGUGAAUACAUGGUGUUUCACGUACAAACCAACUUCCACAUCGAUACCUUUAACUACAUAAUCAUGUCCAAAGGUAUAAUACUCCUGGCCGGAGAAGACAAUAUGCAGCACAACAUCAAAACCUUUGCGAUACCUCUAAGUCCUGAGAUGGCUCCUGUUGCAACCGCGGUGGUAUAUUACGUAGGUCUUUAUGGCGAUGUGGUAGCGGAUUCACUGACGUUUCCGGUGAACGGCAUCUCGCGCAACAACUUCACUGUGUUCAUCAACAACAAGAAGUCGAGAACGGGUGAACGCGUCGAGGUGGCCAUCUAUGGCGAGCCCGGCGCCUACGUUGGAUUGUCAGGCAUUGAUCGUUCAUUCUACACCAUGCAAGCGGGCAAUGAAUUGACGUACGCAAACGUGAUCACGAAGAUGGCACACUUCGAUGAAGAGACUAAUGGCACCCACAUGCACACCUGGCAGUACCACGAUGGCGAUCCGGACGAAAUCAUAUACUUCCCAUCAUCCACUUUCGGCAUCGACGUCAACCGCACGUUCGAGUACAUCGGCUUGGUUGUCUUCACAGAUGCCGUGAUACACCGGCGACACGAACUCUGCAACCGAACUCAAGGAUAUGGCGAGUGCCUAAACGGUCGGUGCUAUAGACUGGACAAAUGUGACGGCGUGUUCGACUGCGAGGAUGGCUCGGACGAGACGCGAUGUGUCGAGCGAAACGCAACCGAUUUAGCGCAGUUCCGCAAAUGGCGGUUCAAUCGAAUUCAGAGGCAUUACGAGAACGUCUGGCUGUGGAAGGACAUCAAUAUCGGUCCACACGGUCGGCAGAUCUUCAACCUGGACGUGCCGCGAAGGCCAGUUCACUGGAUGGUCACCGUAUUCAGUAUGUCGCCCAGCAUGGGCUUUGGCAUGUUACCGAAAGCGCUGGAAUAUACCGGAGUUCUGCCGUUCUAUAUAAACGUGGAGAUGCCGACUAACAGCAGACAAGGCGAACAAAUCGGUAUCCGAGUGUCUGUCUUCAAUUAUAUGCGCUACAACAUCGAGGCGACAGUGGUAUUAGCAGGCUCCAAGGACUACAAGUUCGUCCACGUCGAGGACAACGGCAUUGUGCAGUCGUACAAGCCGCGUACUUCCUUCGGCGAGCAUCAAUUCUUUAUCUGGAUCCCUGCGCAGGACGCUAACAUCGUUUAUUUGCCCAUCGUACCAGUGAGACUCGGCGAUAUCAAAGUACACGUCUACGCUAGCACUCUAAUCGGCAGGGACUCGGUGACUCGCAUCUUGCACGUCGAGGCUGACGGAGUUCCUCAGCAUCGGCAUCAAUCGAUACUACUAGAUCUCAGUAAUCGAGCCUACGUAUUCCAAUACAUGCACGUAAACAUUACAGAGACACCGAUCAUACCCUACGAUGAGAAUCGUUAUUAUGUGUUUGGAUCCAACAAGGCGACCAUCAGUUUGGUAGGCGACGUGGUGGGGCCGAUCUUUCCCACAAUGCCGGUAAAUGCAACGAGUCUUAUGAAUCUACCAAUGGAUUGCGCCGAACAGAACAUGUUCAGUUUCGCCGCUAACAUGUACACUACCCUGUACAUGCGUUUGAUUAAUCAGCGCAAUCGUACGCAGGAAAAAGAAAGCUUCUACUACAUGAAUAUCGGCUAUCAGCGACAGUUGUCGUUCAUGAAUCCCGAUGGGUCUUUCAGCUUUUUCCGCACUGAUUGGAACCAAUCGAUGCCGAGUGUUUGGUUGACAGCAUUUUGCGCCCGAGUAUAGGAGGCCAGCUUCUACGAAUGGGAGAACUACUUGUACAUCGAUCCCGAGGUGAUAGCUCAGGCGGUUUCCUGGAUACUGAAGCACCAGACGCCAGAAGGCGCGUUCUACGAGGUGACCUGGCUGCCGGACCGGAAGAUGAACAGUUCCUUGAAUUAUAGAAACGAUAUAAUCACCCAUCGAAACAUCAGUCUUACCGCUCACGUGCUUAUCACGUUAGAAAGCGUCAAGGAUCUCACUGGCGGUCUAGGUUCUCAAGUAGCUCUCAGCGCGGCGAACGCUAUCAAAUGGUUGGAGAGGAAUCUGAAACUGUUGGAAGAACGCGGCAAGCCAUACGAAGUAGCGAUAGUGGCUUACGCGCUUUUGGUGGCGAAAGCCUCCACUGCUGAGCAGGCUUUCAAUAUUCUGGCGAGACACGCGCGGAGAGAGGGCGGGUUGACAUACUGGGGCAGAGAACAGGUGCCACUUCCUCCGUACAAAUUGGAGAAUCAGAAACCCUUCCUGCUGCCGCGUCUACCCUACAAAUAUGAUUCAGAAAAUAUAGAGACAACCGCGUACGCGUUAAUGGUGCACGUCGCUCGACAAGAGAUCAUGAUAGAGCCGAUUGUUAAGUGGUUGAACGCGCAGAGACUGACGGAUGGUGGAUGGGCCUCUACUCAGGAUACCGUUUGGGCGAUGAAGGCGUUGAUGGAGUAUACCGUGAGGUCGAGAAUCAGGGACGUCAGUUCACUCACGGUAACUGUGGAGGCUACUGCUUUGCCGGGUCAGACCAAGACGUUGACUGUAAACGACAACAAUCUGGCGAGACUUCAAACUAUUGAGAUACCUGAAGCAUGGGGAACUGUCAAAGUGCAGGCAAAGGGCGCGGGCUACGCAAUUUUACAGAUGCACGUGCAAUAUAACGUGGAUAUAAAGAGAUUCCAAACGCAGCCACCGAUUAAAUCCUUCGAUCUAGUCACCAGAGCGAAUUUCCACGGCAGAAAUCAGUCUCACAUCUCCUAUCUUAGUUGUCAAAGAUGGACGAAUCUCAACGAAUCCUCGCGUUCUGGUAUGGCUGUGUUGGACGUAGCUAUACCAACCGGCUACAUAAUCCAACAGCAAACUCUGGAUAGAUACAUCUUGUCGAAACAAGUGAGGAAUCUGCAGAGAGCACGUUUCCAAGAAAAGAAAGUGCUUUUCUACUUCGAUUAUCUAGACUACGAAGAGACAUGCGUAAACUUCACUGUGGAACGUUGGUAUCCCGUCGCAAAUAUGUCGCGAUAUCUUCCCAUUCGCGUUUAUGAUUACUAUUCGCCAGAACGUUUCAACGAAUCUAUAUUCGAUGCACUGCCCACAUAUACUUUAAAUAUAUGCGAGGUUUGCGGCAGCUCACAGUGUCCUUACUGCCCAAUUUACAAUGCCGCUACACUUUUAGCCACGCCGGCAGGUUUCCUGCUUAUCGCUUCAAUUGUCGUCACGAUAACGAGGUACUUCCGAACGCAACAAUUCUACGACGGCUAACAAUAACACAAAGGUAAAAAUGUUCGAUUCUUGUCAAUUUCUAUCAUGGUUUGCCUCUGCUAACAGAGCACAAAUAUGGAACAAUACGAUAAGCAAAAAUUACUAUACAUGUCCACACGAAUCUCAUUUCUCUAAAAAUUUCAAAUGCUGCGUUUUUAUAUAUAUUUUAUAAAAAUAAUGAGAACAAUAAUUGUGUAAGUCAAAUAGAAGACGAGUUAUUUUCGCGUAAAUAAUUAAUAAUUAAUAUAAUUAAUUAUUCCGUAUAAUUACGCGGAAUAAUUGUCAUUGAAAUGAUUAUUUUCUGAAUUUUAAUUGCUUUUUCUAAUUAAGAUAAUUAUUUUUAAUGAUUAUGGCUAUUGUUAUGCGACAUUCAAGUAAUGUCAAGUAAUUUCUUGUUACAUAAUUUAUGUAAGAUAUAUUUAAUCAAAAGUAUCUUUUCGUAUAUUUGUUUUCAUGCGAUUUUAUA